GUUUAGUUUCCGCGUCGUGGACGGGGACCACUGGAGUUGUUCUCAGAUGUCGUGGUCGUAGUUGAAAAUGGAUAAAGAUGAAGCUUAUCAGGCUCCAAAAGCAGGAACGGGAUCACCGGUUUCAGAUGUAGAUCAGAGAUCCUCCUGACGACCUCAAGAGUCGGAGUCCAGUCCAGCAACAACAUCAAACUCAGCUCGUGAGAGGACCGUGUCGAGAAAAAGCUGUGGACAAUCAAAAGCAAAAGAUCGAUCCCGAAUCUUACUGUACUAGGAUACAAACUAGAAGUUUUCUCCUCCAUAGAACUAGCCGGGAUGUCCCUUUUAUAAUUGUAGUACUUAUUGUUUUUUGCACUCUUGCUUCUUAAAUUAUCGAAGUCGACAGGAGUGGCGGUGUGUGCUAUAUGUUCUUUUUCGACGUCGUUUCGUCCGCCCUUUCAGCCAAGUAACGCUCUGACUCAUCCACCUAAUCUGACUCUGAUUUGAAUUGACCGCUUUCAACAUUUCCUCUCUUGUAUUUCCUAUUCCUUCACGUUCACCUUCACGCAUGCUAUGGUUUCUUCAUUAAAUCUUCUCCAAGGGAUCAUUAAGAUUGAAUACACCCUGCUAAGGCUAAGGAGCACUACAAGAUAGAAGAAAAAUGGCCGCAAUCGUAUUCGAAGCUAUUUCAUGGGCGUCGAACGAGGACUCGAAUGAGCCAGCCCCCGUAGGUGCGAGUGGGAUCGAGAAAGUAGUGGCCACGCCAUCUUCGUCAUCAGCCGAGAAGAAUAGAGUGGGGGAAGCGCCAUGGAGCGAUCCCUUUAAGCUUACGAUUUUCUUCGACGUAAAAGAGCCUUUAACGGGUUUCGUCGACUUUAAACUCACGUUCUUGCCAUGUCAUGCAGGAAAAGAAGAAUUAGGACCAGAUGUGUCUGAGAAGUCUAUGACUGCGCUCAUAGCAGCCGCGAGCGACCUCGAGGAUCAGAUUUUGGAUGAUGUGGAAAUAGGGCCGCUAUUGAAGGUACUAUUGAAAUAGAUCGCGAUUUUAUGAAAUAUAUUAUUUCUACCUUUUCUUCCAUCACAAGCACAACAUGAUGAUUAAUAUACACAUGCAUAAUUUUGAUUCUUCAGACCGGCAAAAGAAAAGCGGAGCUUAUCGGAGAGCCACCAGAUUUCGAGUUGAUUCCGGAGGCCUUGCAUCUAGAAAUGGGAGGCAUAGUAUUCACGGCAUCCUAUAAAGGGCAUGAAUUCUAUCGCGUCGGAUGGUAUGUCGCACACGAGUACACAGACGAUGAGCUAAACGAAGAUCCAGAAAAACGACCCAAGAAAAUCGAUUGGACAAGGGUAUAAUUUUCUUUUUGUUUAUCUCCUCCCACGGGAUCAUUGCGUUUUCAGUAAUAAAUUCUUGACGUUUUUUAUUCGUGCGUCUUUAGUACAUCACUCACAAGAGCUAUGAUCACCAGCAUCUACUAGAAGAUGAGUUCUCGUCUCAUUUGCACAAAAGACAUCCUGGCGCAUUCAUCUUCCUCCUGAUUAGAUACGACGCCGAAUCGAUGUGAAGCAUCCUAUCAAGGAGCAAGCGGAGAUCCCAUGGGAGAAGUUGAAUACGUACAAAAAGCAGGCUGCGGUUAGCACUGACGAGGGAGAGAGGGAAGAAAAUGAGAGUGAUCCUUUCAAUGCAGGUAACGGGGCUCCAGCACCAAAGCGGCAAAAAGUGGAGGAUGGCCCUGUGCUAGAGUAGCGCAGAAGCCUGGCUUUCCAAGAACCACGACUAGCUUGAGAAUUGAGCUUCACAUACAUAAUCGCCCCAUUUCAAUAUAUCUAGUGAGGAAUUCGAAUCGAAUCACGUUGUAGACGAAUCUUCUACUUGUGCUGAGAAAGUCAAAAUAUUUACUGUGUCGCGACGACUUACAUACUUGUUUGAGAAUAAUCUUAAACUCGAUCAUACACCUGGCACUGGCUGCUGCUGCCGCCAUGAAGGGGACGCCAUGUUGGCAACAGGACUGGAAGUGCUCUGGCUCUGGC